GCAUCACAGGAGGACGUAGUCGACGACAAGGAGCCCGACGUCCACUUCGAGCCCGUUGUCCACCUUACCGAGAAAGUCGAGACCAAGACAAACGAGGAGAGCGAGGAGCAGACCUUCAAGAUGCGUGCCAAGCUCUUCAAGUUCGACCGCGACAGCAGAGAGUGGAAGGAGCGUGGUACCGGUGAGGUCCGUCUGCUCAAGCACAAGGAGAACGGCAGAACCAGACUUGUCAUGCGCCGUGACAAGACCCUCAAGGUCUGCGCCAACCACUACGUCGUCCCCGACAUGAAGCUCUCCCCCAACGUCGGCAGCGACCGCUCAUGGGUCUGGAACGCUUCUGCCGAUGUCUCCGAGGGCGAGCCCGAGGCUCAGACUCUUGCCAUCCGUUUCGGCAACAGCGAGAACGCCAACCUGUUCAAGGAGGCCUUCAUCAAGGCCCAACAGGAGAACGAGGCUCUGUUCAGCAAGUCUGACUAG